CCAGCGAGAGACGAUGCGUCUUUCUCCGCAGCCGACUCGUGUCUUCCACAUCGUUCUCGACCCUCCAGCACCCGCCACGCGGCCACCGCUAUCCCACCUAGCCUCCCCACUCUCGGCGCUCACAUGUAUCUGCGCCGCCGAUUUAUAAGCUCGAGCGCCGUCGUCACUCGUCACCGCCGCAGGCCGCAGCAAAGGACUAAGGAAGGGAGUGGCACCGAUAGAGAUCGAGUUGGCAAACCAUCAGAGAGAGGAUGGCAACGGCACGAGCUCUCCGCCUCGUGGCAUCGAGGCCGUCCGCCACCCACCGCAGCCUCCUGGCCGUGCACCGCCGCCUCCUAUCCGCCGCCUCGACGGAAUCCGGUGGCGCGGGUGAUGCGGCCGUGUACUCCGGCGACGCGCCGAGCGACGACUACACCGAACGUGCCCCGAGGUCCUCCGGCGCAGAGGCGGCCACCAAAGGCGGCCACGGCAAGCACGCGCCAUCGGCGCCCGGCGGCAAGGAGCGCGUCCCGCCGUUCGCACCCUCGGGGGGGAAGCUGGGGUCCCAGGAGCUCGCGGACCCGACGGGAGCCUCGUCGUUCACGCAGAAGCGGCGGGUGUCGUCCGGGCCCGGCGCCGCGGCGCGGGACGCGCGCGAGGAGGCGACGCCCGGCGGCGAGGAGUCCGCGGCGCGGAAGGUGAGGGAGGAGGACAGGGAGUACUACCGGACGCACAAGCCGUCGCCGCUGGCGGAGGUGGAGUUCGCGGACACCAGGAAGCCCAUCACGCGCGCCACGGACGGCGGCGCGUCGGACCGGGACGCGGACGUGCCGGCCCGGACGGUGGAGGACACGGUGGACGACUCGCUGGCGCGCGCCGAGGCCAUGUUCCGGGAGGCCGCGUCGCGGGGGAACCCCGAGUGGCCGCACUCCCGCGCGCUCGCCGAGAUGCUGGCGCGCCGCCAGCAAGAGCAAGGGGACGGCGAUGGGAGCAGCCGCGCGUCCUGGGGCAGCUAAAAUUUUGAUUUUGGAAAUGUAGGACGCCGUGUAAAAUCUUGACUGUGCAUCUGGACUCUGUAAAUAUGACGGAAUAAAGAUGGCUUUCGUGU